AUGGUGGGGCGAGGGCGGGGCUGGUUGCAGUGCGUCCGUCUUCCGGUCUUGUUUGAGGGCAGUGGAUGUGCCGCUGGUCCGGAAGCAUUGCUGGUGAUGAUGAGCCGGAAGAUUGUUAUGCUGGGCAGCUCGCCGCGCACCCAGCGAUCGCAGUCGGCAAUUCAGCUUCCCGUUGGCCAGGAGUGCACCUCGUCAGCGCCGCUUUUCUAUUAUUCGCCGUCCGAUUUCAUCUACGAUUUGAGGAAUGUGCCAUCGUCGCAAUCAGAUGAAAACCGCACCAGGAAUGCCAAGGAUGAGCGCUUGUUCAACUACGACCUCAACUGCAUGUACAAAUUACUGGAUGGUGAUUUUAACCUCUCCGUUCAGUUGAACGUUGAGCGUGGUGAAAUGAGGCGUAAGCCGAUGCAUUUUCGUGCUGUUCGCGAACCAUUCAACCAUCUCAGAUGGAAUUUUGCAAAACUGAAGCAAAAUGAGAUAAUAUUAUAUUUGCGACGUAAAGACGGGUUCCCGAGCAGCGACCCCUUGGAUCGUCAUGUUGUUGCGAUCAAUGCUGCACCCCUCGAAAGAGGCCAUUCCUUGCUUCUACCAUCCAUCAAUCGUUGUUCACCACAGGUUUUGUCUGAGGUUGCGGUGCGGUUAGCCACUGAUGUGAUGUUGCUGACGAACAACGAAUCGUUUCAUGUGCUUUUUAACAGCCUGCUGGGCCAGGCCUCCAUCAAUCAUCUUCAUCUUCACAUGCUCACAUGGCCCUAUGAUUCGGACUUGAUCAAUCGUAAAUGUGAACACCUGUACGAUAAUAUUUAUGUUAUGAAACGCCCAGUGUGGUAUGCGCAUGCACUGGUUUCUCAGCUUCCUUCACCGGAUCACUACGAGACGUUUGUCAAGUAA